CUUUAUAGCGAUGACAGAUGACCCAAGGUAAGGGGAUAAGCGUUGAAUGCCUAAAUUAACAUUAAAUGCUUAACUGUCAAGAGACUCAAAAACAACAACCAAGCUUUUAUAAACCAAUGAGAAUAUAGGAAGAAUCUGCAGUUGUAGCCUCUUGCUAUAUCAUGACAUUUAGAGCAAAAGGUGCCACGGAAGGACACAGACACAAAGGUAACUGAAUUAAUAAAACGAUUUUAUGGAUUUUAACAUUGUCACUGAUGGAUUUUUUUCGAUAUUUGAUGUUCAGUGGUUACUUUCAGACUCCUAGCACUCACCAGCCUCACAUUCUGCCCUGGGUAAGAGAGCUUCGCUGGAUAAUAAUAGUGAUCUGUCUAUCUCAAACUGCAGCUGGCUGCAGUGAGUGGUGCAAAGGCACAAGGCAAUAGUCCAAUAUUCAAACAAAAGAGAAAAAUAAAUAGACUAAAUAUUUUUUCCCCAAUUUGAAUAUCACAUGUGUAUUCUUAUGAAUAAUAGUUGAAUAAUUGUUUAUUUAUUUGGCGGUCCUAACUCACUAAUGACCACAUUCUCCAAACAUACUUCUCAUAUCAUGACAUUUCGCCAAACUUGGUCUAAUGUGUGUGUGUGUGUGUGUGUGUGUGUGUGUGUGUGUGUGUGUGUGUGUGUGUGUGUGUGUGUGUGUGUGUGUGCGUUUGCGUGCGUGCGUGUGUGUAUGCGCGUGUGUUUACUUUGAAACAUUGCAUACAAAAUUAUAUUUUCAAAAUAAUACAACUUCAAAACAUCUUCUGGAUACUUAAUAGAAGUUAUCGUUUUAAUCGCUACUGAUUAUGCUCUAUGCUGAAACUGCAAAUUAAUGGAACUCCCUCACCACAGCUGCAGAAACAAAGAGGACGCUAGACAGCUUUCUGUAUUAUACUUGGUGAGAUGCUGCCCUCUUGUGGAACCAAGUGAAAACAAGAAAAAGUUAAUCGGAAAUAGGCCGAUUCAUCCUGGAACUUGUUUCGGUCAUCCAGCACAAUGCAACAGAGAUCUUGAUCAAAACAUAUCGGUCAGGUGGACAUUUAAGUUUUUGAAGUGAAUACAUUUAAACGCUUGCUUACUCGCAGAGGCAAAUAUAACAGUAAAAUCAGUGGCCUAUAAUAACUUGCAAACAUGUAUAACAUGUAGGCCUACUUACUGCACAAAUGCUAUACUCACUCACUGCAACCAAUAUUAAGUGUCGAUUAAAUAUGUUUACAUGUAGGACUAGGCCUAUAUGUUUUUAGUCAAAUCAAACCUUCUGUUUUUGGAAGUGCCAAGUAAUACGAAUAGCGUAGCCUACUCAGUUAAACCUACAAUCGUCUGAACUCGUCAAACCCUGACUGAAAUUAAUUUAACAAUAGAGCCAUUUUAACCAAUUGUGGUUGUUAUGGAUUAUAGACACUAUAUCAUACCUUGUAGUACAUCUCGAUAAUGUACUUAUUCACUAACUACGACCCUUGGGACGCCGCUACACAACGACCAAUCAAAUGCGAUGGUUACUUGUAAACAUUCAGGUGCUCUCACGUCGCGGUUGAGGGGCCCAAACACCACCUCCAGAUAGGUGAGACCCCUGGUCGUUUUAUACAUCGUUAUGUGCUGUGCGCUCCAAAAUAAAGAUAAAAAGGGCACGUGUUGAAAUCCCAGCUAGUCUGUCAUGUACUUUCCAUGUCUUUUUUGGCUGUUAUCAGCCGUCAAAUAAACAAUGGGUGAGUCUGGCAUGUUGACAGUAGGCCAGCAUCUGAUCGCCCGGGUUACACACACAACAACAGAAGAUUGUGUUAAACUGACUGCCAAAUGGUUACGGUGGAUUGGCUAGCUAGCAACAGAGAAUUUGACCUUUUGCCGGAAUGGCAGGAUUUCUGAGAUACAAUCGCGAGUCAAACCACCCAAUGAAAGAUUCAGAGACCAUACUUCAAGAGGCUCUGACAGACUGUUACCCGGUACUCUGUGAGUACUGUGGGGAGGGAACCCGGCCUAACUUGGAUCUGACAUGGUUGGACAAACCAGAGAGAUCGGGACAGUUCUGCUGUUCUCAGUUCCAGCUGCUUUGGGAGUGGCUUCUUGAUCAGAGGUCACUGGAUUGGACGAUGUCUGACCCUGAGAGCCAUGCUACACCCCACAAACAGCCAAUAAUGCGGGGGGAGAAGCUUUCUUAUAAAGAGGCCAGUCUAGAAAAGGGCAGCAAAGCGGAAGCACAGGAAGCACAGCAAGCUUGCCAUCAUGCAUCUGGCGAUUCACCCAGAGCCACUACAGAGCCUUAUAACACGGCCUCAAAUGCAAUCCGGUACCGACACUCCACCAUGUGUGCGGUUAAUGCGGGCUGGACCGUCUCCCCUGAGUCACACACAGAGAUACUUUCAAAAGCAGAGACACCAGAGACAGAGGUGGAGAUGUAUCGUUGUGAACACGACCAAGGGAAGUUUGGUUUGCAUCCUCAUCAGCCUGCUGCUGGAUUUCAACAAAGAAAUUACUCCAGUGGAAUGAAAUGUCUCACUGUGUUCCCAGAUGGAUCCUUGCAAGUCCUUUACCCCUCUGGCUGUGUGGCCCUGGUGGUUGUGGUCACUGAAGCAAACGGCAGGGUCUGCAUUGUUUACGACGACAACGAUGUCCCUGAGCAACCAAUCAGAGCUAUGUUCCAGUCCGAUGGCCGGGCAACGUGCUAUAGCAGCAAUGGUAGCAUCUGGCUCAGCCUAGGUCAAUCCGGAGGUCAGCGCUUGGACCAAUCAGGAGCCAGAGUUCAAAGGUGGAGUUGGGGUAGCCUUGGCCUUGGUAGCCCCACCCCUCUGCGGCCACUCUUCCUGUCACUCAACAAGAAUAUCGGGGUUCGCGUACUUGGCAGAGACCAAGUAUUUGUCUCGUUCUUGUGCUCCGGUCAACAGGCAAGGUUCAGUGUUGGCAUCAGCUGUGUACAGUGUCAGGUGGAUUGUAUGAACAUAUGUCACAAUCCAUCCAUCCGCUCAGAGGAGCUGUUCCUGCUGGCCGGGAGAAUGGGAGUGUCUCUGGCCAUGGAAGGUCUCCGUUAUUGCUUGAGAAGGCUUUCCAGGCACAAGCCUUUCAGAGCCCAACUGGGUAUGCGCCAUCACUUGGGCCUCAUCAGGAAGCUGCUGGAGGCCAGUACCACUGUGGGGAUAGGGGCCAGCGACAAGGCCUUCAUCCACAGGUGCCUUCAGGGCUACUUGUGAUGUGUGUUCUAUUUCAUUUGACAUUUCCUUUUCAGUAUAUUGAAUAACAUUGAACUACAUUUUUGACAUUAUAUUUAUAAUUAAAAACUACUCCUAGGGGAGAAUUGACAAGCAA